GAAGAAAAUAACCAUCAGUACGAAAGAUUUUCUACUUUUCACACAGAAUGGGAACUAAAAAAAUUGAAAAAGAUGGUUUUUGAUGGUAAAUCAUUUCGAAAAGACUAAUACGAAAUAUCUCUUGCCCAUAUUUUAAUGCCAAAAAAGAUCCGGGCACAUUCUAUCGAAAUUCGAAACACAAAAAGAACAAAUCCUUCGAAUAAUGGGCAAAUAAAAACAAAUUUUCUUCAAUUUCAACACAAAGCGCGUCUAAAGAUAAAAUCCAAUAAAAGAAUUAGUGAAUGAAUAUGAUAAUUUCAAGACUGUCAAGAAAAGUGCGUAGAAAAAGUUUCAAAUUUUUUGUGAAAAAUAAAUAAGUUCUUUGCUAAAUCCAACUCACAUCAACGGACACGGGAACACCUAUCAAGUAUCAACACGAUUAGGAGACAACUUCAAAGAAUAAAGAGACACGCGUUCCCUCUUUCUCGAUUUAUUUUUCGUUCGUUUUUUCGUUUUUUUAUUUUAUUUUUUCUUUCUGUAAAUUAAGUCAAAGAUUAUGGAAACUGAGAAACUAUUUAAUGAUUUGGAGUCGAAUCAGUCACACGAAUGCGAGGAGGCCAAGAAGAAACUGGUGGAGUUGUUCAAUCAGACCAAGGAUAUAUGGCUUGUCCACGGAAUGAUGGACUACUUCCUUAAGACGGGAUCUUUGCGAAUUAUGGAAGUUCUGGUGAAGGUGCAGUCGCCACACGACAUUUACAUAUUCGACAAACUGUCCGAAUGGCUGAAGAGCUCGGGUCAUCGGAUUCAGGCUCUAACAAUGUUUGGUUUUGUUGUUCGCAAACAUCCAACCUGGUUGUACAAAAUUGAGAAGCACAAAAUCAUCUGGGAUAUGUUAAAAUUGCUUAAGACUGAAAAGGAAAUAGUUUCGCUUAUGAGCGCACUUUUGUGUAUUGUCACUUUGCUGCCUAUAAUCCCAAUGAUUGUGUCGACUUUCCUCAAUGAUUUGUUUGAAGUAUUUGGCCAUUUGGCAUCGUGGAACAGCCAAAACCCUAAUAAACUGAGUGAAGAUAAGUUGGUGCAUUUGCAGUUGGGAUUGCAAAUGUUGUUCCAUCGGCUCUAUGGCAUGUAUCCCUGCAACUUCUUGUCGUACCUGAGUGAGUUUACGAAAAAGGAAAAAGGUGCAAUUUUUCAGCAUACCAUUAAGCCUCUAUUGGAUACGGUGAGAGUUCAUCCGAUGUUGGUGACGGCAAGUCCCGAAAAGGAGAUGAAUGCUUCACGUUGGAAGAAUAGAGAACCUCAUGAUGUUGUUCAGGAAUGUGCGAAGCUUUCUGUUGCUGAUCAGGAACUUCAUACCGAAUAUGUUCGGUCUCAUGAUACAAUUUCAGUGAUAAAUAAACAACAUCAAACAAGCUGCUCUAGAACCAAGGCGAUAACUUAUUCGGGCAUAGCUUCGCCUUUCCAGUCAUUAACAGAUCGCGAACAUCUAUCGGAGUUUAAAAAAGGCGAUGUGCUCUGGAGUCCAUACACCGAGAUAAUUUCAUCGGCCAGUACUAUGCCCCACACUCCGACGCCAAGUUACGGUGUGCCAAUGAGUAGUGGGCCUUCGGCAGGAGCAAUUAUGGGCGUUAGCGGAUCCUCACCACCGGAGGCAGCUGUUGAAGCAACUCCAGAAACGACGCCCAUGAAAGAACUAACCAUGAAGCCAUCAGCUAACCAACAUGCGGUGUGUGCUAUUUUCACAACAAGUCAACCGGCCUCGCCCAUGCGUAGAGAUCCUUGCACUCAAUUUGCAUUUCCCGAAUCGCCUGGAAAGAAUUCUAACCACCAUAGCCAUGUGGAGCAGACAACAAUCAAUAAGAUCCCAACAAAGUUGUACGAUCAGAAGAUGCAGCAUGUUCUCAAUGAUCGCCAUCAAAUGCUUUUCAACGCAAACUAUCCCAAUGCAGCUUUGAGUCCUUUAAACGUGUGCUCGGUGAAUGCAUCAAACAAUGGAACGCCUCAUUUUGAUUCUCAGGAAGACGAAGAAGUUCGGGACCUGACUAGCAGUAGUGUGGCACUACGGGUUGAAGCUGCAGCAGCGGCGGCGGAAGACAUUGCCAAGCGAUGUCUGGACUGCGAUGAAACCGAGCAGUCGCCUUGCUCCGAAGGGGGUGUUCAAGUGGCCUCUAAUCGUUCUAUGCGAAUAUUGAUUCGAAGAAAUCGUCUGACAAGUUACUGUCACAACGAAUCGAGUUGGAAUAAUGUCACGUCCACCGACGAGAUGAAUGGCUUUUCAGCUGAAAUAGCUAAAGUUCGUCGGGCUAAAUCAUGUCCCACUCUUGUGAGUAACUUGAAAAGCGUCGCUUUGGUAAAGUCGGAUAAGCGUGAGAAGAAAUCGCAACUCUUCAACAGUAAACUGACGCAAUCGUGUACGACCCAUUCUCGAGUCACACAAACCAUUCAGACUUGGCCGCGAAACUAUGAGUACACGUUGUUCCAUUUAAUAUCAGAAAGCAACAAACUGCGCACCGAGUGCAAUACGCUCCAACCUCAAGAGCUGCUUAAUCAAUACAUCGAUCGGACAGUUAAAUUAAAAGAUGCUGGUUACCGAUUAGAUCAGGAGCAUAUUCAGCUUUUGUGCUUACAAUUGCAAUACGAGCAGUAUCGCCGUGAAAUUCACGCAGAACGAAAUCGCCGCUUGAUGGGCCGCAGCCGAGAUAUCCAUAGUCUCGAACGUGAACAGGAACGUCUGAAGGAGAACUUAAAAACCUACGAAGAGGAGAACCAACAAUUGGUAUAUCAAUUCGAGAAACGAAGAAAACUCGCUAACGAGAACGAGCGCAAGCUCAAAGAAGAACUGAAAAGUUUCAAGGUACGAUAUCAAGAGGAGGUGGAACAUAAAAAGUUGCUGCAAUCCACCAACGAAAGUCUGCAGUUCCGACUGAACGAAGAGAUUCAAAAGCGUAUCGAACUCACUUCCGAGGUAGAUUCGUUGCGCGGUCAACUAUUUGACACACGCAAUGAGCUUCAACACGCUCAGCUUCAAGCCGAACUGGGAGGUCAAUGCAAGAGUGAACUUAUUCGAUUAGAAUCUGAGUUUCUUGUUAUGGGUGAGGUGCAAAUUAAGCUGCGCGAUCGUUUAGCCGAAGUCGAUAAUCUUCGUGCUCGAGAUGAAGAAAUAAACCAUCUUCAGGAAUCCUAUAAUGUUGAGAUUAAAGAUUUGAGACGUGCCUUGGAGGAUAAAAGUUCACAAUUCGAGAGCGCCAAACACAGACUGAUGGAAAUGCAAAAUCAAAUUGCAAAUAACGAUAAGGUGGUGACCGAACAAAAACGACUGCUUAAAACCGUUAAAGAUGAAUACGAAGAAAAAUUUAAGGCAUUAAGCACGAAAUAUGAGACACAGAAGUACGUCAUUCUUCAAAUGGAGGAAAAACUCUUGUAUUUGUAUAGAAAUCAGACACCUGUUAGUCUGGCUGCCUGUUCCCCAGAUACAGAUAAAACGGAUAUAGCAUCGUCAAUUGAAAGAAAUUCACCGCUUUCGACUUCGCUGGCUUCGAGUGAUAGUCUUCCGGCGAGUCUGCGAUCCGUUACAGAAAUAAGAAAUCUGCAGGCUUUUGUUGAACCCUCUAACACUGCCACUACAACAAUAACAACAUCAACAAGUAGUGCGGUAGCUAACAUUCCCUUUGGCUACUAUCAACAUUCUCAGCACUAUCAUCCCAAUGUUAUGGAAGCUAAGGCUGUUAUAGCUGCAGACGGUUCCUCCGAAGCCAUAGCUUCAUCCACAAGCGCAACGCACACCCUCGACAUACCGGUGUCUGGAGUCAGUAAAAGCCAUCAUUAUCAACAGCAACAACAACAGCAGCAGCAAAAGCAGAAAGUUAUUCCGCAGAACCAACGUACUACGCGCUCGUUCGAUUAAGGGUGAUUGUCUUAACCAAAAUAUGCCACCACCUCCCUUAUUUACACUCUCUCCUCAUCUUAAUAUCUUGCUCUCCAUUUCUAACUAUUAAACAACAACAAAUUAUCCACUUAUGCACACACAAACUGACCAUAUAGAUAGAACGGAGAAGAAAAACAAAAAUCAGAAUGGCUGUUCCGAUUAAUCGAAAAAGAAUCCAGGAAUUAAAACUAAAAGUUUCUUAUUUUUAUAACAUAAAGUAAAUUUAAACAAAAAGGAAAAAAACCGAAAGAAAGAAUAAAAGAAAACAGAUAUAAAAUAUUGAACAAAGUUAAAUUACAUUAAAACAAAAAAAAAGAUAAAAUAUAUUGUGUACUAUCGGUUAGAAAAUGAAAAAAAGAAAAGAAAAAUAAUAAUAAUAAUUAGUUUUGUUUAGAAAUCACAAACCAAAUCGAAAAGGAUGUUAUUUUCUCUUGUUGGGCCUUAUAAUGUAGCAAAAACAAAAAUAAAUAUUUAAUUUUUUUUUUCAUUUUUAAAUAACGAAAUACAAUUUAUGGAAGAUAUUACCAGAUAAACAACUAAAGCUAAUAAAAUUUAUAUAUAACGAAGAAAAGAAAUGAUAAAAUACAUAAAUUAAAAAAUUAAAAUAAAAAUAAAAAUGAGAACGAAAGUGAUUUUUUUUUUUGAAAAUUAAAUACAAGAUUUAAUUAUAGAUACACUACCGGUCAAAAGUUUAAGGCCUGUUUGGUCCCAACUAUAAAGCAUAGAGGCGGUUCAGUAAUGGUGAGGGGAUGCUUUUCCUUCGAUGGAGUAGAAGAUCUAACACGAGUGAUCGGAAGAAUGGAUAAAGAAGUCUAUAAAACGAUAUUGGAAGACCACGUUUUGGUAUCUGGACUCCGAUUAAUCGGUGAAGGUUUUGUAUUCCAGCAAAACAAUAACCCGAAACACACUUCAAAACUUUGC